GAGAGGUGUCUUGAGGCCGGCGGAGUGGCUUUCUUGAGCAGAGGAGGGGAGUGCGAUGGGGAGCGGAGCCCCCCGGGCUGACUGAAGCUCGGCGUGCGGGAGCAUCGCUGCGGGAUCGCUCCCGCAGCCGCAACGCUGAGACCGGAGCGCCGCCAAAGCCUCAUCCUCGUCCUCCUCGCUGCUUUAUUUUUAGAGUCGUUGGGGGAUCCGGCUCUGCUCGCUAAGGCAGUUCUGUAAAAAUAGCAGCAAAACUUAAAUGCUGGUCGAGUGAGGAAUAUAAAUGUUGAAAUAGCAGCAAAGGUAUGGCUGGAGGAGAUCAGAAGUCGCUUGCUCAGCACCUUGGCGCUGCAAGGGUCCUUGAGCCCUGGCAGAUCCCCUCGCUCCUCGCCAGGGCGCUGAGACCUGGGCUGCACGGACGGGAACAUCUCAUUCUCUUCGGAGUCGAGGAUUUUUAAACCCUUGGAGUUACCUGAAGGUGCCUUUUGGAGGAAUUGCCCUGGUGUCUGUGGAAGAGUAACAGAUACACCGAUGACUUUGGGGUUAACUGCCAAACAGAUACACCAGUUACAUUAAAUUUAUUCUAAAAAUGGGAAAACUGGAGAGGCACAACUUUUUGUCUUUUUCCUGGCAAUCCUGACGUGCUGUUUCCCAAGGAAGUGGAAAAGCCUUACAAACGAAUGUUCCAAAAUACGGAAGACUCAGUGAGAAAUUUUCCAGGGCAAAUCACCAGUAAUUGAUUCUUGGGAGGCUCUGGGACAUUUGAAAGUGAUUUGGAGAGAGCAAAGUCUGUGUCCGAUGGCCAGCGAGCCCCAGGCAGCGUGCGUGGUGCCCCAGGCUCCCUGCCCAGGAAUGAAGUGCUCUCCUGCUGAGGACUUUUCUCCCCAGGUGAGGCUGUCUGAAAAGAUCCCACCAGUGAAGCCUUGCUUCAAGAAGAAGCAGCAAGUGCAGAAGAGGCUGGACACACAAACUCUGCGGGCUCUGAGGCCGAUCUUCACCAGCCUGCUGGGAGCUGGGGCCUUGGACAGGGUCUUUGUGCCCCGAGGCCAGCGUGGUGGCCAUGGUGAUUUAUGUGAACCUGCUGUGAAAAAGACUCUGGACCUCAGUACCUCUUGCCCCCAGACAGAAAAUAAUGUGACUGUGCUGAUGCCAACAGCUCCAGAUGUGCAGGGUCAGCUGCCAGGAGCUCAUCCUUCCCCCAGGCACCCUGAGCAGGACUCCCAGGCAGGAGAGCAAGGAUUCUCCCCAGAAACUCCUGGAACUGCUGCUGAUAAUGGUAAUGAAUCAUUCCAGGAUCAUCCUUUGCACCCAAGUGCUAGUGAUGGUGCAGCUUGUCCUCUGUUCCCUGACAAGGUUCUGGAAGGCUACACCUCUGGCUUGCUCCAGGAGAACAGCUGUCCAGUGCAAUACAACUUGACCCCAAGCAAUAAAUUCAGUGCUGGGAUAUUCCAGGAUAAAAGUGAAGAAGCUUCCCUUGACCUGGUGUUUGAGCUCUUGAACCAGCUGCAGUAUCACACCCACCAGGAGGAUGGGAUUGAAAUCUGUGUGGAUUUUCUCCAGGGCACUUGUGUUUAUGGCAGUGAUUGUCCCAAGCAUCACACAGUGUUACCCUAUCACUGGCAGGUGAGGAGGACAGCAACCCAGAGGUGGCAAAGUGUGACCAACGAUUCCCAGGAGCACCUGGAAAGGCUUUACUGCAACCCUGACAACGACAAGAUCAAAGUCAAGUAUCGGGGCCAGGAGUUCUGGGUGGAUCUGAACCUUAUGAAAUUAUACGAAAGCGCAGAGUUCGACCAAAUGCGGCGCCUGUCCACAGCCUCCUGCCCCAGCUCCAGCUCCAGCUGCUACACGGUGUGGAAAUACUUCUGCAGGGACCACUUUGGCUGGAGAGAGUACUCUGAGCCGGUGGUGAGGCUGAUUGAGGAGGCGAGCUGCCGCGGGCUGCGCGAGGUGCGCUUCGUCACCUGGCACAACCAGUACAUCCUCAACAUCAGGGAUGGCUUCCAGCAGAACUCCUGCUUCCGCAGGGAGAUCAAGAGGAGGCCCCUGCUGCGCUCCUGCGUGCUGCUCAUGCCCUUCCUGCAGACCCUGGGUGGCAGCUCCGCCGUGCCCUCCCCAUGCUCCGAGCCUGUCUCCGCACACCACUUGUCCCCAGCUGCUGUCACCUCUCCCAGCUUCUACCCCGAGACCUGGAUUGGAAUGGAUCCAGCUCAGGACUUCAUCCAAGUGCCUGUUCUGAAGGAAGACAAAAGCUAUAGAACCAUUUAUAACCUGUUCCACAAGACUGUGCCAGAGACCAAAUACAAGAUUUUGAAAAUCCUGCGAGUGCAGAACCAGUUCCUUUGGGAGAAGUAUAAAAGGAAAAAGGAAUACAUGUCCAAGAAGAUGUGUGGGCUGGACAGGAUCAUGAACGAGCGGCACCUGUUCCAUGGCACAUCCCAGGACGUGGUGGACGGGAUCUGCAAGCACAACUUCGACCCUCGGGUGUGCGGCAAGCACGCCACCAUGUUCGGCCAGGGCAGCUACUUUGCCAGGAAGGCCAGCUACUCACACAACUUCUCCAAACGCUCCCCCAAGGGCGUGCACUUCAUGUUCCUGGCCAAGGUGCUCACGGGCAGGUACACGGUGGGCAACCACACCAUGAGGAGGCCUCCGCCCGUGGAGCCCGGCAGCAUCACCAGCGACCUCUACGACUCCUGCGUGGACAAUUACUUCGAGCCCCAGAUCUUCGUCAUCUUCAACGAUGACCAGAGCUACCCCUAUUUUAUUAUCCAGUAUGAAGAGGUCAGCAGCACUGUCUCCAUCUGACAGCCUGUGCUGCUGCUCCCUGCCACAAACUCUCGCCUGGCUGCAGUUUGUGUGGGGGAAGUUAAAUCUGGACGCUUCCUGCCUGCUGCAAUGACUUGGAAGGAAGGAAAUUUGAAGUGACCAACUGUGCGCUUGCUGGUUGAUUCCCUAUGUGGAAAUUGUACAUAUUUUCCCAUUGUUUAUAGUUGAAAAUUUGUGCCUUUUGUUAUAAAACACUGUUUAUUUAUGUCAGUAAAUGUUCAUGUUUCAGAACGUGGCUGUGGGUG